AUGCUUGACAUGUCUGCUUCCCCAAGUAACGUGUUACCCGAGGGUAUCGAGCGCAAGAAGAAGAAGAGUGGAUGGGCUAGAUCGCGAGCGCGAAAAGCUCGGAAGGUUGCCCAAGCAGGUUCGGGUGAGCCGCAACAGAAAGCCGAGACCAUGCACAAGGCUCAUGAGCAGCCGGAAGCGGUGCGGGAGAAGAAGAUCAAGAAAGAAGAAGCUCGAGUGAAGCGCGAGCAGGAGGCGCAAGCAGCGCACGCUGAGAAGAUGAGAAAGAAGGAAGAGGCGAAACUGAAGCGGGAACAGGAGGCGCAAGCAGCGCACGCCGAGAAGAUGAAGAAGCUGACCGCUAAGCGUGCGUUCCUUGUCCACUCCUAUGACGAUCUCCGUCCAUACCGUCGAUACACUCACAUCUACGGUGAACGUAAGUUCCAGAAGCCUGUGGUAAGUAUCCUAUGGAUCUGGACACAUAAUGGUAUACUCACAAGUCUGUAG